GAGAUUUGCAGCACCGCUUCAUUCCUCUCCUCUGCACCGUUUCCUUCCUCUUCCACUUGGAAUUGAUACAGAAUACCGCUCAACCAAAUUUUCUCACCAUUUCGUUCCGUACUUCUCCACCUCUUCAUUCGUGCUGCACUAUGAAUCGAAACAAAAAACCCAAUCAAUUUCAGUUAACUCAAAUCCUUAAAACCCAAAUUUCUCCAGAUCGUUGGAAUCAAUUUGCUUUUGUUGUUGCUAAUCUACAGACUCGAACGCCGUUGUCUUCCCAAGUCCUCUGUAAUCAAGGUCCUGUUGUCCAGAUUUUGAGCAUCUUCUUUUGGGAGUGAUUAAUAGCUGCUGUGACAGCUUCGGAUUAUUACCAGAUUGAUGAUCUAUUGACAGCUGAGGAGCAGGCUAUUAGGUUGCGAGUAAGAGAGUGUACGGAGAAAGACGUUGCUCCAAUUAUGGCAGAGUACUGGGAGAAGGCAGAGUUUCCAUUUCAAAUUAUUCCAAAGCUUGGUGCAUUGCGCAUUGCUGGUGGGACAAUCAAGGGUUAUGGGUGUCCUGGUCUUUCUAUUACGGCAAAUGCUUUUGCUACAGCUGAAAUUGCUAGAGUUGAUGCAAGCUGUUCUACUUUCUUCUUGGUUCAUUCCUCAGCAGCAAUGCUUACUAUUGCAUUAUGUGGGUCAGAGGCUCAAAAGCAGAAAUAUCUACCUUCUUUGGCUGAAUUUAAGACUGUCGCCUGCUGGGGUUUGACUGAGCCUGACUAUGGAAGUGAUGCGACAGCAACAAAGGUGGAAGGAGGUUGGGUACUUGAAGGCCAAAAGCGAUGGAUAGGAAACAGUACAUUUGCUGAUGUCUUGAUUAUUUUUGCUAGGAAUACAACAACAAAUCAGAUUAAUGGAUUUAUAGUAAAGAAGAAUGCCCCUGGACUGACAGCUACAAAAAUAGAAAAUAAAAUUGGUUUACGCAUUGUUCAAAAUGGAGAUAUUCUCUUAAAUAGAGUAUUUGUUCCAGAUGAGGAAAGGCUACCUGGUGUUAAUUCUUUUCAGGAUACUAACAAGGUUCUUGCUGUUUCGCGUGUCAUGGUCGCCUGGCAACCUAUUGGUUUAUGUAUGGGGGUCUAUGAUAUGUGUCACAGGUAUCGGAAGGAGAGGAAACAAUUUGGCCCUCUUGCAGCCUUCCAGAUCAACCAAGAGAAACUUGUCCGUAUGCUUGGUAAUGUUCAAGCUAUGGUUCUUAUAGGCCUCUGCAAGGUGUAUGAGGCGGGUAAAAUGACUCCAGGUCAUGCUAGCAUGGGGAAGUCAUGGAUCACUCUGAGGGCAAGGGAAACGGUUGCUCUAGGGAGGGAAUUACUCGGUGGCAAUGGAAUCUUAUCUGAUUUUCUUGUUGCAAAUGCUUUCGGUGAUUUGGAACCCAUCUACACAUUCGAAGGCACUUAUGACAUCAACGCCUUGGUCACCGGUAGGGAAGUCACUGGCAUUGCCAGCUUCAGGCCAGCUGCAUCGACCCAGCGAAGCCGUCUGUAGUGUAACCUCUCUGAAUCUCUACUCCCUCCGCAAGUUUCCUUCAUUAAUAACGAGGUUGUCUGAUGUCAAAAGGGAUGAAGUGAAUUCAUCCAUUGACAACCAAAAAUAAGGAUGCGUUAUAAAUUGUUGUUUAUAGACA